UCGCUUGCUUGCCCUGUUGAGUCACCGCAUGGCACAGUCGGCGCGAGCCUGAAGGGCUCACAGGGACGGAGAGACGGCGGCCACAGCGGCUAGGACGUCAGCGGAGGCGGUUGGGGGAGGGGCGAGCUUGAGCCUAACCGCCGCGUCGAACGGCCGGCGCGCGCUUCACGCAGGCGCAGCACGUCCCGCGUCGCGCGCUGACGUACAGAGCCGCCGUUUAACGUCGUCAGGGGUGAAGCCUCCCCGACCAUGACCUCUACCGGCCAGGAUUCCACCACAACCAGGCAGCGAAGGAGUAGGCACAACCCCCACUCCCCCCCCCACGACUCCAGCGUCGCCUCGAAGAGGAGUGUUAAGAAGGGUGCCACACUCCGCUCCAGCCCUAAUCUAGCGGAGGUAAAGAAGAAAGGCAGAAUGAAGAAGCUCAGCCAAGCAGCCGACCAAGACCUAAUCAUGGGGCUGCAAGGGCUGGAUCUGAACCUUGAGGCCAAGACGCUGUCUGGCACUGGCUUGGUGUUUGAUGAGCAGCUAAAUGAAUUUCAUUGCCUCUGGGAUGACAGCUUCCCUGAAGGCCCUGAGCGGCUCCAUGCCAUCAAGGAGCAGCUGAUCCAGGAGGGCCUCUUGGACCGCUGUGUGUCCUUUCAGGCCCGGUUCGCCGAAAAGGAGGAGCUGAUGUUGGUUCACAGCCUAGAAUAUAUUGAUCUGAUGGAGACGACCCAAUACAUGAAUGAAAGGGAACUCCGCAUCCUAGCAGACACCUAUGACUCAGUUUAUCUGCAUCCGAACUCAUACACCUGUGCCUGCCUGGCCUCAGGCUCUGUCCUCAGGCUGGUGGAUGCUGUCCUGGGGGCCGAGAUCCGGAAUGGCAUGGCCAUCAUCAGGCCUCCUGGACACCAUGCCCAGCACAGUCUUAUGGAUGGGUAUUGCAUGUUCAACCAUGUGGCCGUGGCUGCCCGCUACGCUCAACAGAAGCAUGAAAUUCAGAGGAUCCUUAUCGUGGAUUGGGAUGUACACCAUGGUCAAGGAACACAGUUCACCUUUGACCAGGACCCCAGCGUCCUCUAUUUCUCCAUCCACCGCUAUGAGCAGGGUCGGUUCUGGCCCCACCUUAAGGCCUCUGACUGGUCCACCAUAGGUUUUGGCCAAGGCCGGGGAUACACCAUCAAUGUGCCUUGGAACCAGGUGGGCAUGCGAGAUGCCGACUACAUUGCUGCUUUCCUGCACAUCCUGCUGCCAGUCGCCCUGGAGUUCCAGCCACAGCUAGUCCUGGUGGCUGCUGGAUUUGAUGCCCUCCAAGGGGACCCCAAGGGUGAGAUGGCUGCCACUCCAGCAGGGUUCGCCCACCUGACCCACCUGCUCAUGGGUCUGGCAGGAGGCAAGCUGAUCCUGUCUCUGGAGGGUGGCUACAACCUCCGCUCUCUGGCUGAGGGUGUCAGCGCCUCGCUCCACACCCUUCUGGGAGAUCCUUGCCCCAUGCUGGAAUCCCCUGGUGCCCCCUGCCUGAGUGCCAAGGCAUCACUCUCCUGCACUCUGGAAGCCCUGGAGCCCUUCUGGGAGGUCCUUGUGAGAUCAGUUGAGACCAUGGAGGAGGACAUUGUGGAGGGGGACAACGUGGAGGAGAAAGAGGAGGGACCAUGGCAGCCCCCUGCACUCCCAAUCCUGACGUGGCCUGUGCUGCAGGCUCGCACCGGGCUGGUCUAUGACCAGCGGAUGAUGGGUCACUACAACUUGUGGGACAGCCAUCACCCCGAGAUGCCUCAGCGUGUCUCACGGAUCAUGCGCCGUCUGGAGGAGCUGCACCUUGCCGAGCGCUGCCUUACCCUGCCCGCACGUCCCGCCACAGAUGCUGAGCUUCUUACCUGCCACAGUGCUGAAUAUGUGGGUCGUCUACGGGCCACGGAGAAGAUGAAAACCCGGGAGCUGCACCGUGAGGGCGCCAACUUUGACUCCAUCUACAUCUGCCCCAGCACCUUCGCCUGCGCGCAGCUGGCCACUGGCGCUGUGUGCCGCCUGGUGGAGGCUGUGCUGGCGGGAGAGGUUUUGAAUGGUAUUGCUGUGGUGCGUCCCCCGGGACACCACGCAGAGCAGGAUGCCGCUUGUGGUUUCUGCUUUUUCAACUCUGUAGCUGUGGCUGCUCGCCAUGCCCAGGCCAUCAGUGGGCAUGCGCUGCGGAUCCUGAUCGUAGACUGGGACGUCCAUCACGGUAAUGGAACUCAGCACAUAUUUGAGGAGGACCCCAGCGUGCUGUACAUUUCCCUGCACCGCUAUGAUCACGGUACCUUCUUCCCCCUGGGGGAUGAGGGCGCCAGCAGCCAGAUGGGCCAGGCUGCAGGCACAGGCUUCACUGUCAAUGUGACCUGGAACGGGCCCCGCAUGGGUGACGCUGACUACCUGGCUGCCUGGCAUCGCCUGGUGCUUCCCAUUGCCUAUGAGUUUAACCCAGAACUGGUGCUAGUCUCAGCUGGCUUUGACGCUGCACGGGGUGACCCACUGGGUGGUUGCCAGGUGUCGCCUGAGGGCUAUGCCCACCUUACCCACCUGCUGAUGGGCCUUGCCAAUGGCCACAUUAUCCUAAUCCUAGAGGGUGGCUAUAAUCUGACAUCCAUCUCAGAGUCCAUGGCCGCUUGCACCCGCUCCCUCCUUGGGGACCCACCACCUCUGCUGACCCUGACACGGCCCCCACUAGCAGGGGCCCUGGCCUCCAUCACUGAGACCAUCCAAGUCCAUCGCAGAUACUGGCGCAGCUUGCAGAUCACAAAGGUCGAAGACAAGGAGGGACCAUCCAGUUCUUUGUUGAUCACCAAGAAGGCACCCCAACCAGCCAAUCCUGGGUCAGCCAAGGAGAUGAUCACACCAGAAGGGAACAUUCUGGAUGCAGGCAGGGGGAAGGCCACCUCAGUAUCAUCUGUAGAAGAGUCUACUGCAGGCCAGACUAAGUCAGAGACAGCUGUGGUGGAGCUCACUCAGGACAAGUCCUUGGAGGCAGCCACAGAGGAAGCCACGCUGGACCAGACCACCUCAGAGACAGCCACAGGGGAAGCCACGCUGGACCAGACCACCUCAGAGAUAGCCACGGGGGAAGCCAAGCUAGACCAGGCCACCUCAGAGACAGCCAUGGGGGGAGCCACGCUGGACCAGACCACCUUGGGGGCAACCCCAGGAGUAACCACGCUGGAUCAGACCACCUCAGAGGCUGUCAGGGGAGCUGAGCUGAUCCAAGUCCCUCCAGCCUCAAGCACUGACAACCAGACUCCCCCAGCCUCACCUGUGGAAGGAGACCCACCCCACAUAUCCCCUAGUAAGCUGAUUGGGAAUCUCAGGACCUUGGAACUAGACAACGAGGCUCAGGAGGCACCAGAAUCUCAGAGCCCUGAAGAGGAGAGACUACUAGGAGAGGCAACUGGAGGUCAAGACAUGGAUGAUUUAGUGCUGAUGCAGAGCUUUGGGGACAAUGCUGACACUGACCAGGCCAUGUUUUAUGCCGUGACACCACUGCCCUGGUGUCCUCAUUUGGUGGCAGUAAGCCCCGUACCUGACACAGGCCUGGACGUGACCCAACCUUGUCAGGACUGUGGAGCACUCCAGGAGAACUGGGUGUGUCUGUCUUGCCAUCAGGUCUACUGUGGUCGUUACAUCAAUGCCCAUAUGCUCCAACACCAUGAAGGCUCAGGACACCCUCUGGUCCUCAGCUACGUCGACCUGUCUACCUGGUGUUACUACUGUCAGGCUUAUGUCCACCACCAGGCUCUCCUAGAUGCGAAGAACGUCGCCCACCAGAACAAGUUUGGGGAGGGCAUGCCCCACUCACACUAAAUCCCAGGACGUGCUCCUCUUCUCCACCUUCUGAGGCCCAGGAUAGACCGGCCUUAGUUCAUCCAAGCUGUACCGUGGAUGAGGGGCAGCUUCACUCCAUCCCAUCCUGGGACCCUUUACAACUCCCCAAGGGUGCUGAUUUAAGUAUAAAUACUUAUAAGAGGACUGUGAUAAUCAAUUGUGGAUCUACCCCUGCCCACAGCCUGCUCAAGGGACUCUAUCUACUCUGCCCCAGAAGGACAGGGGGGCAGCUCAGUGGCCCCAGGAGGUACUUUGGAGAGAGGGGAGGGGGGGGUCAACUGGCAGGUAUGGCGGGGUUGCAUAUGUAAUAAAGUACAAGCUGUUAGAAAACCUGGA